UCGAUGCCUAAGCCAGCAGGCCGCCUGCCGCCGCCCGCGCCGCCCGCCAAGCGUGCGCGAGAGGCCCAGGCACCCGCGAGCACCUUCCGCGCUUCGAAGCCCCGGCGGCGCGCACAUCGGCGGGCGGCGCCCCCCCCCGUGGCGUGUGCGCCGCCAUAAUCAUAAGCAGGCCGCUGGACUCGCUGCCGCGCUGAGUGCCCACAGGUUCCGCAACACCGGCGUGGAGACAAAGGUCACCUCGCGGGCCGACGUGGAGGCGGCUUUCGCGAAGAUCCAGCCAGGCCGUGUGCGUCGGGCCAACGAGCAGUGGGCCAUUGCAUAUAGCGAGUCCGUCCUGGAGCUGGGCGGCGGCGGCGACGAAGGUGCACCAGCGGGCACCGUCGAGCGAAGGAGACAGCCUCUGGCUGUCAGGUUCGCCGACGGGGCAGAAGGCGCACAGGCACUGGCGGAGGUGUUCGAGUUCGGGGUGCCCGGGGGCCCGUGCCGGCCGAGGGGCCUCGGGGCCGCGGUCUCGGGGCGGUAUCGCGAGACCCUCGCUGCGCGCCUCUCGGAGGGUGGGCGGCCCCGCGUGGCCGCUGCUGGCCGAGGGGCACGACCCCGACGAGGUCUGGCGCUCGAUCGGGGGCUCCCAGGUGUUCCAGGAGCCGACCUCUGUGUUCCGCGCCGGCGGGCCGCUGCCGGCGAGGCACGACGACCUGUCGCCGCUGCUGCCCGAGGGGGACGUGCUGCUGCACGCCGGGGACUUCACCUCGUGCGGCGACCUGGGCCAGCUGCGCUGCUUCGGCUCCUGGCUCGGCUCGCUGCCCUACCGUCGGAAGCUGGUGGUCGCCGGGAACCACGACGUCACGCUGCACGAGGAGUAUUACCUGGCGACAGGCAAGCGGCGCUUCCACGCGCAGGCGCCGCUGGACCCGGCGCUGGCGCGCGCCGCGUUCCUGGAGGCCUGUGGCGACUCCGUGACGUUCCUGGAGGACGAGGCGGCGGUGGUGGAGGGCGUGCGCGUCUACGGCAGCCCGUGGCAGCCAGAGUUCGCGGACUGGGCCUUUGGCUUGCCCCGCGGGCCUGCCCUGGCUCACAAGUGGGCUGCCAUCCCGGACGACACGGACGUGCUCCUCACGCACGGCCCCCCGCUCGGCCGUGGCGACCUCUGCAGUGGGGGCAACCGCGCUGGCUGCGCCGACCUGCUGAGCAGGGUGCAGGGUCAGGUGCGACCCCGGUUCUCCGUCUUCGGGCACAUCCACGAGGGCCACGGCGUCACGUUUGA